AUGGGAUAUUAUUCAAUUGGCAAAGAAUAUAUUGAUAUAAGCUUGGAAAGAGUAAGGAAGUUAGCCGAAAUUGUUAAAGCCCAUAAGGAAUACUUUUAUUUAACUCAGUAGGAGGAGGAACAGGUUCAGGUUUAGGGGCCUUAUUGUUAGAGAGAUUGUCAGAAGAAUACUAGAAAUAAAUUCGAAUCGGAAUCAAUAUUUAUCCUUAUCCUAAAAAUGAUAGUGCUAUCAUUGAAUCUUAUAAUGCAAUUUUGGCAACAUAAUAUUUAUAAAAGUUUGUCAAGCAGUUUAUGA